AAAUUUUUUGGGUGAGUUUAUUAUUUUUCUGUUCAUAAAAAUUAAACAAGGAUUGGGGAUUUUAGGGUUUAGGUUAAUUAGAGGAGACUAAGUUGGAAUUAGAAGUUAGAAGCUUUAUUUCAACGAGGAGGAGACUUUAACAUGCUACAAUUUAAUUAUUUCCUCUGCUUUUUUAUAUGGUAAUUUCUUCAUUUGAGUGAAAAGUUGCCGAGGCGAUCAAUUAUGUGUUCAGAAGAUUGGUUUUAACCAUUUUUACAUUUGACAAUUGAGGAAAUUUAUUUUGCUUUGAAAUGUUUCAUGUUGAUUAUUGCAGGCAUUGAGAUUGUGUAAACUCAGGGGUUUGAUCGACAUUCACCAUGAAGUACUUGGAAUACACUCCUCUCGACAGAAUAAAUGAUUUCUUGAGUAAUCUAAAUCUUGGAGAACGAACCAUUGAAGGAUGCCUGGAAGCUUACUCUUGCAAACAUACUGCAACAGAUAAGAAGCUUUCACUAAGCUUGGAAAACGAGAUUCUUGAUCAUCUCGGGAAGUCUUCCGACACGGACUCGUCUUCACCAGUUGAAUACUUAUUUAGUAGAUCCAGCCGGAAGACAUUGAUUUUUCUUCUUCUAACACUCCAUCACAUGUACCCGGAUUACGACUUCAGUGCAGUGAGAGCUCACGAGUUUUUCACUGAAGAAAGCUGGGACAGUUUUAAGCAGAUUUUUGAUGUUUACAUGUUCGAAGCCUCAAAGGUAGUUCCAUGUAUAUACGUUAAUCUCACAUUGUAGUGCUUAUGCAGUAACCAGCAAGGAAUUAAGACUCUUUUCAUUAACGAACAAACAUAAAUGUAUUUAAUGCCCCCAAAUUGCAUCAAUAUUUUUCUGCGUAGUGUUACUAUUGAUUUGAUCUUCACUCUACUUCAAAAGAACUGUUAUCUUUGACGGAGAUGGUUUGGUACUGACUUAACUUUGAACCAUCAGAAACCAUAUCUAUCUGUUAAUUUGUUCUAAAUUUUAUAACUUGAGAUGGAUAGAUU